GUGCGGCCGUGCUGGAGGCGGCUGCCUCGGCGGUGGUGGCGCGGAGGGGCGGUGGCGCCCCCGAGCUCCCGCGUCCCCAGGCGAUGGCGAGAGGGCGGCGGCGUGGGCUGGAUUCGUGUGUCAUCCCAGGGACUUAGGCAUGAUUUGCCUCAGCGAGGGGUGAGUCUCAGCCCCCAGGGGGAGACAUCACAGAGAAGGUGUGCGGCUCCACCCAGAGUGCGUGACACUGGAGACUCCACUUUGGCGUCAAGGAGGUCCCCACUAAGGGCACUUCUGCUUCCGUUGGCCAAGUGGGCAAGUGAAGCUGAGCUGGCUGUUCCAGAAUGAACCACAGCCCUGAGAAGGGGAAGUAGCUGGUUCUCUGCUAUGGCCUGUGAACCGCAGAUGGACCCUGGCAGGGCGGCCGGCCCCUUGCCCACCUCCUCCCCUGGCUGGAGUGCCCUGCCCGUGGGGAGCCCUUCUGGUUGGGGGCAAGAGCUCCGCAAUGGCCAGGUCCUUACGGUUCUCCGGAUCGAUAAUACCUGCGCACCUAUCUCCUUCGAUCUGGAAGCCGCAGAAGAGCAGCUGCAGACCUGGGGCAUUCAGGUCCCGGCUGACCAGUACAGGAGCUUGGCUGAGAGUGCCCUCUUGGAGCCCCAAGUGAGAAGAUACAUCAUUUACAACUCCAGGCCCAUGCGGCUGGCCUUUGCAGUGGUUUUCUACGUGGUGGUGUGGGCCAACAUCUACUCCACCAGCCAGCUGUUUGCCCCGGGGAACCACUGGGUGGGCGUGCUGCUCGUGACCCUGGCUGCGAUGAGCCUGACCCUGACUCUCAUGCUCAUCUUCGAGAGACACCAGAGGAAGGCCAACACCAACACGGACCUGAGGCUGACGGCUGCCAACGAAGCCCUGCUGCGGCACCGGGUGCUGUUGGGGGUGACGGACACGGUGGAAGGCUGCCAGAGUGUGAUUCAGCUCUGGUUUGUCUACUUUGACCUGGAGAACUGUGUGCAGUUUUUGUCUGAACAUAUUCGAGAAAUGAAGACUAGCCAAGAGUCCUUGCUGAAAAGCAGAUUGAGCCAGCUCUGUGUUGUCAUGGAGACUGGGGUGAGCCCCACACCGCCGCUGGAGGGGCCUGAGAACCUGUUGGAGGACACUCCUCUCCUGCCCAGCAGCCCUCAUCCCACAGACAGGCCGCUCAUGCAGACCGAGCUUCACCAGCUUGUUCCUGAGGCGGAGCCGGAGGAAAUGGCCCAGCAGUUGCUGGCAGUGUUUGGUGGCUACUACAUCCGGCUCCUGGUGACCUCCCAGCUUCCCCAGGCCAUGGGGACACGACACACAGACUCUCCAAAGGUCCCAUGCCCCUGCCAACUCAUAGAAGCCUACAUCCUGGGCACUGGGUGCUGCCCGUUCCUGGCCAGGUGACGUAGGGACGAAGGUACUCAUCUUCCUCCAAGAUGGAAGGUGAGAAGUCAGCGAGGCCUCGGGGGCCCAAGGUGGCCGAUGGUGAGCCCGAGGUGAGGAGAGAAGCAUCUGGGGCACUCUGUGGGGUGUCAGUCAUGCCAGCGAGGGGGUGUCAUGCUCACUCCAGGACCCUGCACAAAGUUGGCUGUUGACAUCCCGUGAUGACCCCAGUCCUUCUCUGAAGCUGUGGUUGCCAAGCUGGGCCAGCUACAAGCUACUCUCCAUGCUGCUUGGAACUAUGGGCCUGGACGGAAGGGCCACUCUGUCAGCCCCUCAAAUGUGAAGAUGACCAGACUGGGCCAGACAUGUCCACAGUCUGGUCUCAGAUGGUGCGCCCACCUCCAGCCCCUCGUGUCGGCUGGGGAAACGGAGGCCCUGGGAGGAUGCUGCCUGUGCGGCAUGGCCUUGGGCCUCUGCAGUGACGAGCCUGCCUCUUCCCAGUCUGAACAAAUGAAGUGAAUUCUCAGAAUGUUCUCCUUUUUACAGCUUUCUCCUCUGAUUCUUAAGGGAAAACAGAGGUACCUGUGCUUGCUGUCCGCUUGUACACAGGCUUCCAGGGGACAGAGGAAGGAAAGCAAUGACACGUGACUGUCAGUGGGACUACUCGGAGAAGACGUGUUUUGUCUGACUUGAGGACUUUCGCUCUGGAGCAUGCGUGGUUGUCGUUGUGGGUUUAUAUUGCAGAUGCCGAGUGACAGCCCUGUUUUCUGACACUGUCACUGUACUGGAGUGAGUAUCAUCUUCGUGGAGUUCCAUGAAGAGCUCAGAGGCUUCCAGGUUCUCUGCUCUUGAAUAAAUUUGAAGAUCCAUGAUUCCAUGGGCCCAAAUCCAAAAGCUCUAGCCUGGCAUUGAAAGGCUCCUCAGCCCCCUAAAUCUGCCCUUUAUCUGCAAUUUGGCUCAUCUCCCACAAAAUAAAA